GCCUGCCCAUCGUUUAGUCUGCCUUUAAUUUUUGAACCAAAAAGAAGCUACUAGAGGAUACACCAUGCUGAAAGCCCUCGUGAUUUUCUUUGGUCUGUUGGCCCUUUGCAACGCCGCAUCCUCAGGAUAUGCAAGCAAUGUCACCACGGUGUGCCAAUCGCAGGACGAGUUGUGGGGCAGCGAGGACCUCCGCAAGUUCUACUUCUGCCUGGACAACGAGGUGAUCGCCGACGAGUGCGACCCUGGCACCUACUUCGUGAACAACGCCACCAUCUGCGGCUGCCUGCCCUCCAGCAUGAUGAAGCCCUCCUGCGUGAACCUGGACGCCACGGUGCCCGACUGCACCGGAAACAGCAAGCUGCAGCCCCAUGCCGCCUCCGACGUGGCCAGCUUCUACCUGUGCACCAACGACGGACCCCUGCAGCUGUCCUGUCCCGAUGGAAAGGCGUUCGUUGACCAGGACGGAUACCUCGGCUGCUUCGAGUGGACCCAGUGGCGCCAGUUGCGCGACUGCGUGGAUGGCGAAUGAUCCAUUGUCCGGCGAUUUAAUUAUAGUUCUUUCAGCUCGCACUUAUCGCGA